AUGGACAACGCCUAUGCUCUUCCCAUCGACGCGGUGCUCGCCAACUUCGGCGUCAAGGAGCAGACCGGCCUGACUGACAACCAAGUCUCCGAGCUUCGAAAUAAGCACGGCCGCAAUGCGAUUCCCGAAGAGCCCCCAACUCCCCUCUGGGAGCUCAUUCUAGAACAAUUCAAAGAUCAACUCGUCAUCAUCCUGCUUGGCUCCGCCGCCGUUUCCUUUGUUCUCGCCCUGUUCGAAGAUGAAGGCGGCUGGAGUGCAUUUGUCGAUCCCGCCGUUAUUCUUACCAUUCUGAUCCUCAAUGCCGUUGUCGGAGUCUCCCAAGAAAGCAGUGCCGAAAAGGCCAUUGCCGCUCUGCAAGAAUACUCGGCCAACGAAGCCAAUGUCGUGCGAAACGGUGGCCACGUAUCCCGAGUCAAGGCCGAUGAUCUUGUCCCUGGUGACAUCGUCUCAGUUGCUGUUGGAGACCGAAUCCCCGCCGACUGCCGUAUCGUUUCUAUCGAGAGCAACAGCUUUUCUGUGGACCAGGCCAUCUUGACCGGCGAGAGCGAGAGCGUUGGCAAGGAUUCUACUGCGGUAGUGAACGAUGACAAGGCUGUCUUGCAGGAUCAGGUCAAUAUGCUCUUCUCCGGUACCACGGUCGUUACUGGACGCGCCAAGGCUAUUGUCGUCUUGACGGGCUCCAACACUGCGAUUGGCGAUAUCCACGAAAGCAUCACCGCUCAAAUCUCCGAACCUACUCCCCUGAAGCAGAAGCUCAACGAUUUCGGCGAUAAUCUGGCAAAGGUCAUUACCGUCAUCUGCAUCCUCGUCUGGCUGAUCAACAUUCCCAACUUCAACGACCCUAGCCACGGCACCUGGGCCAAGGGAGCCAUUUACUACCUCAAGAUUGCCGUCUCCUUGGGCGUCGCUGCGAUCCCUGAAGGUCUUGCGGUUGUCAUUACUACUUGUCUUGCUCUUGGUACUCGCAAAAUGGCGGCUAAGAACGCCGUUGUGCGCAGCCUGCCCUCGGUUGAGACUCUGGGAAGCUGCAGUGUCAUCUGCUCUGACAAGACCGGCACACUCACCACCAACCAGAUGAGCGUCAACAAGAUGGUCUAUCUUAACGAAGCCGGAACCAAUCUGACUGAGCUUACUGUUGAGGGUACUACUUUUGCUCCCAAGGGCAAUAUUACUUUGAACGGCCAGGUCGUCGAGAAUCUUGCCUCCACCUCUUUUACUGUUCUCCAGAUUGCCGAGGUCGCUGCUCUCUGUAACGAUGCCAAAUUGGCCUACGAUUCACGCACUGCUGCUUAUUCCAGCGUUGGCGAGCCCACCGAAGGCGCUCUCCGAGUUCUCGUUGAAAAGGUUGGCCCUUGUGCCCCUGCCGGAACUGCUCUUGAAGACUGUGGGCACUUUGCCAGCGCCACGCACGAGCAGAGGUUGCCACGGCUUGCGACUUACGAGUUCUCUCGCGACAGAAAAAGCAUGUCAGUCCUUGUUCAGAACGGUAACGCCAAGAAGCUGCUUGUCAAGGGAGCCCCCGAAUCGGUCAUUGAGCGCUGCACAAGCACCAUUGUUGGUGCCAACGGCAACAGAGUUCCCCUUACCGAAAAGCUCCAGAGCACUCUGCUCAAGGAGGUUGUGGAGUAUGGUAACCGAGGCCUUCGUGUCAUUGCCCUUGCCAGCAUUGAGGAUGUUUCCCAGAACCCGCUCGUCAGGUCUGCAAAGUCCACCGAACAAUAUGCCCAGUUGGAACAAAACAUGACCUUCCUCGGAUUGGUUGGCAUGCUGGAUCCUCCUCGUCCUGAAGUCCCCGCCUCUAUCAAGCAGUGCAAAGAUGCCGGUAUCCGUGUCAUUGUCAUCACUGGUGAUAACCGCAACACCGCCGAGAGCAUCUGCAGACAGAUUGGUGUCUUUGGCCAGCACGAAGAUCUCCAGGGCAAGAGCUAUACUGGACGCGAAUUCGACAACCUCAGCCCCGGCGAGCAGCUGGAGGCGGCUAAGAAGGCUUCUCUGUUCUCUCGUGUUGAGCCCGGUCACAAGUCCAAGUUGGUUGACCUUCUCCAGUCUCUUGGCGAGGUCGUUGCCAUGACUGGUGACGGUGUCAACGAUGCCCCUGCUCUGAAGAAGGCUGACAUUGGUGUGGCCAUGGGUUCCGGAACUGACGUCUCCAAGCUGGCCGCAGACAUGGUUCUGGCCGACAGCAACUUUGCGACUAUCGAGGUGGCCAUCGAAGAGGGCCGUUCCAUUUACAACAACACUCAACAAUUUAUUCGCUACCUGAUCUCCUCCAACAUUGGUGAGGUUGUCUCCAUCUUCUUGACGGCUGCCCUAGGAAUGCCAGAGGCGCUGAUUCCCGUUCAACUGCUCUGGGUCAACCUCGUCACCGAUGGUCUCCCCGCCACCGCCCUGUCCUUUAACCCACCCGACCACGGCAUCAUGAAGCGCCAACCUCGUAGAAGAGAUGAGCCUCUCAUUGGCGGCUGGUUGUUUAUGCGCUACCUUAUCAUUGGUACUUAUGUCGGUCUUGCAACUGUGGCUGGUUACGCUUGGUGGUUCAUGUACAACCCCGAGGGUCCUCAGAUCACCUUCCGACAGCUUUCUAGCUUCCACCGUUGCUCAACCGAGUUCCCCGAGAUUGGAUGCGAAAUGUUCUCCAAUGACAUGGCCAAGUCUGCCUCUACCGUGUCUUUGUCGAUUCUCGUGGUGAUUGAGAUGUUCAACGCCAUGAACGCCCUAUCAUCCAGCGAGUCGCUCCUCACUCUGCCUCUGUGGAACAACAUGAUGCUCGUAUACGCCAUUGCCCUGUCCAUGGCUCUCCACUUUGCCCUCCUCUACACGCCAAUUCUCCAGAAUCUGUUUGCUAUCUUGCCGCUAAAUAUGCUGGAAUGGCAGGCGGUUACCAUUAUCAGCGCGCCUGUAGUUUUGCUUGACGAAAUCCUCAAGGUUGUUGAGAGGCAAUUCUUUAUGCAGCAGAAGACGGCUCCCAAGGCCAUCAAGGCUAAGAAAGAGGAGUAA